CGAGACCUAUGACUGCUCGGGAAUAGUUGCUAAUUUGGCCUCACCUACUCAAAUUAUCAUGAACAAGGUCUCAGCCCUGCAGAAAAAGAAGAGAAAGGAUUUUAUACCGUACUUUCUGGGAUUUGUCAUAUUUUUGUAUUGCACCGUCCAUCUGGUGUCAUUUACGGCCAAUGCAGCUCAGGAAACCCACACUGCCAGGGUGCGUCGGGCUCUUGAGAAUGAGACAGAGUGCAUCUCGCCACAGUCCUCCGAGUUUCCUGAGGGCUUCUUCACGGUGCAGGAGAGAAAGGAUGGAGGGCUCGUCAUUUAUUUUAUGCUUAUUUUCUACAUGCUCUUGGCUGUGGCAGUGGUCUGCGACGAUUACUUUCUGCCGUCUUUGGAAGUGAUCAGUGAACGUCUGGGGCUGUCUCAGGAUGUAGCAGGAGCCACAUUUAUGGCAGCCGGGAGCUCUGCACCAGAACUGGUCACAGCCUUUCUGGGUGUGUUUGUGACAAAGGGAGACAUCGGGGUCAGCACUAUCGUGGGAUCAGCCGUCUACAACCUGCUAGGAAUCUGUGCUGCAUGUGGACUCUUGGCCUCUAUGGCAGGGCGUCUGACCUGUUGGCCACUGUUCAGGGACUGCCUGGCAUAUGGAAUCAGUGUUUCUGCUGUUAUUGGCAUCAUUUCCGAUAACAAGGUGUACUGGUAUGACGCUGCCGCUCUGCUGCUGGUCUAUGGCGUCUACAUUGUGGUUCUGUGCUUUGACCUUCGCAUCAGUGAGUUUGUCCUGAGGAAGAUGAGUCCUUGCUGCACCUGUCUGGGUAAAGGAUCUGGGGAGAAGACUGAGACACAGCCUCUGAUGGGCUGGAACGACAACACCAGUCUGCGAGUCCACAGUCGCUCCAGAACAGACAGCGGCAUCUUCCAGGACGACUCAGGAUACUCUCACCUGUCUCUCAGCCUGCAUGGCCUCAAUGAGAUUCCUGAAGAGCAUAAGAGUGUGUUUGCCGUGCCAGAGAGGGAUCUGAAACGGAUCCUCUGGGUUCUGUGUCUGCCCAUCAUCACUCUGCUUUUCCUGACCGUCCCUGACUGCAGGAGAAGGUUCUGGAAGAAAUGGUUCAUGAUAACCUUCAUCAUGUCGGCCAUCUGGAUCUCGGGUUUCACAUACGUGCUGGUGUGGAUGGUCACUGUUGUCGGUGAGACCCUGGGCAUCCCUGAUACAGUAAUGGGACUCACUUUGCUUGCUGCUGGAACCAGCAUACCUGACACUGUAGCUAGCGUGAUGGUGGCCAGAGAAGGGAAAGCUGACAUGGCCAUGUCCAACAUAGUGGGCUCUAAUGUUUUCGACAUGCUCUGUCUGGGCCUGCCUUGGUUCAUCAAGACUGCCUUUGUGGACACCAACAACCCUGUAGAGGUCAACAGCACUGGACUUGUCUUCAUUUCCUCCACACUCCUCCUUUCGAUCAUCUUCCUUUUUGUAGCCGUUCAUGUUAAUGGAUGGAAACUGGACUGGAAGUUGGGACUUGUUUCUCUCAUCUGCUACAUCCUCUUUGCCACUCUGUCCAUUCUGUAUGAGUUGGGGAUUAUUGGGAAUAAUCCCAUAAGACUUUGCAGUGACUGAGAUCUGACAUUCCCAGAACUGAAGCCAUAUUUUCGUCCAAAAACAAAACAAAAAUGUUAAGCAUAUAAUUCUUUAAAUGUCAAGAAAGAGAGGCAUGGUCCCACUCACAUACUUUUAAAGAUAGUGUGCCACGGAAUACGUCUGCUGGUCACAUCUCAGGAAGAGGAUGAUCUGUUUGUAAUAUAUUUCACCACAGGUGGAAAUUUAUCAAAGAUCGUUUUCUUGUGUGAUCCAGAUCCGACUGUUAUCAUACAGUGAAGACCUGUUAUCAAGUUCUGAGAUGUCUUACACAAGGCUCAUAAAUGGAAAAUUUGCUGUCACAGGAGUGUCGACACAGUUCAAAUAAAUUCGGAGCUGUCAAGUCAGUGUCAACAAAUAAAAUGAGUUGACUAAAGUAGUUUGACUUUGGCCUUCUUAAGUGCAUGGGUAAAUUAAAACAAAAUAGAGGCAUCAUCCGCACAUCUCUGAUAAGCUUUUAUGAGCAAGUCCUUAUUGCCUACAAGGAGGAAUGGUGGAAUGAGCCAUAAAUAGUGAGAAACAAACAAAAGAAACUUCCCACCUCCCCUCCUGCCUAAAAUAGAAUUGCCAAGUUUUUUUUAUCACUUGUUUAUAAUUAACUCCGCAAAGCUUACAUGAAUUUCAGACAUUAGUCUACACUUACAAUAAGGCCGAUAUCAUCAAAAGUAGCAAUUCUAUCCUUCUGAAACAAUCCAUCAAUCACCAAUCUUGGAGAUCUGGGAAUUUAAAUAUCUUACUGUGAUGCUGGAGAUCACAUCUGAUAAAACUCAUGUCCUUUCUGGUCUCACUUUAUCCGAAUUGCUGCCUUUG